AUGAUUCAAUGGUUAUUAGAUCAUACACAACACAACCAAAUUUCAUUCUUCCUUAACAAAUCCCAUCAAAAAAAUCUCAUCUUUCACCCAAAAUCCCUCCAAAUUUAAAAUCCCCAAUGUAAUUGAAACCCAUCAUUUCAGAAAUUCAUCACCCAGAUCUCUUACCAAACUAAUCCACAUCAAAACCCAUCUCAAAUUUCUAGGGUUUCUGAAAAUAAUAAAAACAGAGUGAGGGAAAAAAAAUGUCGGGGAAAGAAGAUAUGCCGGAAGGGACGGUGCGAAAUGUAAUGGAACAGGAGAAUUUGAAGUGGGUUUUCGUUGGUGGAAAGGGGGGUGUUGGGAAAACUACGUGUAGUUCGAUUCUUGCGAUCCUUUUGGCGUCUGUUAGAUCCUCUGUUCUCAUUAUUUCAACUGACCCUGCUCAUAAUCUUAGCGAUGCGUUUCAACAGAGGUUCACCAAGGCUCCUACUUUGGUUAUUGGCUUCCCCAAUUUGUAUGCUAUGGAAGUGGAUCCCAAUGUGGAGGAAGGAGAAGAGGGGGCAGAAGGAAUGGACGGUUUCUUGUCGGAUUUAGCAAACUCAAUUCCUGGAAUCGAUGAAGCUAUGAGUUUCGCUGAGAUGCUAAAGUUGGUGCAAACGAUGGAUUACUCGGUGAUAGUUUUCGAUACUGCUCCCACUGGUCACACGCUUCGGCUGUUGCAAUUCCCAUCGACGUUAGAGAAAGGUCUUACCAAAAUGAUGAGCUUAAAGAGUAAAUUUGGUGGCUUGUUGGGUCAGAUGGGUCGUUUGUUUGGAGUCGGAGAUGAGUUUGGUGAGGAUGCAAUCCUUGGAAGGCUCGAGGGCAUGAAAGACGUGAUUGAACAAGUCAACAGACAGUUCAAAGAUCCGGACUUGACAACUUUUGUAUGCGUAUGCAUCCCAGAGUUCCUGUCAUUAUACGAGACAGAGAGAUUGGUGCAAGAACUCACUAAAUUUGAGAUAGAUACACAUAAUAUUAUCAUCAAUCAAGUGCUUUUUGAUGAGGAAGGUGUUGAAUCGAAGUUGCUCCAAGCUAGAAUGAAAAUGCAACAAAAAUACCUAGAUCAGUUCUACAUGUUAUACGACGACUUCAAUAUCACAAAGUUGCCGUUACUGCCAGAAGAGGUUUGUGGAGUGGAAGCGUUAAAAGCGUUUUCGAAACAUUUUCGAAAACCAUACGAACCUUCGAUUGCUCGAGGGACCGUAGAAGAGCUGGAACUCAGAGUUUCAAGGCUACAAGGACAGCUUAGAGAUGUGGUAUCAGAACUAGAAAAGGCCAGGAAAGCCAAUAAAACACUCUAAACCUACACUUUCUUUUUUUUUUUUUCACUUUUGUAAAUUUAGAUUACAAUAAACCAAAUUCUUUGUUUCAACUUUGUAAGAUUAUUAUUGUUGUUAUUAUUACUAUUAUCAUUCUAAA